AACACAUAAAUAGCGAAGAGAAGCAAGCAAAAUGUUUCAGAAUUUUUGAAGUGCGGUAACGUUUUAGAAGCACAAAAAAUACGAUUAGAAAGAAAAAAAAAGUACAAGACCAAUAAUAUAUAAAAAAUAUUUAACCGGUGGCUACUGAAAGUGAAUUUCAUAUUCCAUUGUAACAAGAAAAUAUAAAUACUCAUACACUAAAAACGAAACGAAAAAAAGCACGCGGUGUGAGACAAAUAAUUAAAAAUAAAAAGAAACAAGCAGAAAAGUUGUGUUAAAAAGCUAAAAAAGACGAAAAUUGAAAAAGAAAAUUAUAAAAAAAAUAAUAGUGCAAUUAAACAGGGUGCCUACAGAGGAAAUCAAUAGUGAAAAUUAAAGCUUUGUUUUUCAACUUUUAGACGUUUUUGGAAUAGAAAAAAAGUCAUGGGUCUCUUAAGCGAAGGCAGCCCUUUGUCGUGGGAGGAAACAAAAGCCCAUGCCGAGCAUGUGCGCGAGCAUGGCGUGCAACAAUUCAUAAAUCUCUAUCACAGACUAAAAGAUCGCCAGGGUGAUGUACUCAAAUGGGGCGAUGAAGUAGAAUAUAUUAUUGUUAAAUUCGAUGACAAUAAAAAACAGGCCAAAGUCUCUUUAAAAGCCCAAGACUUGCUAGCCAAAUUGAAUGAAAAAGAAAUGGCCGAUCCUAAUGGUGUUAAAUCGCUGUGGCGUCCAGAAUAUGGCGCCUACAUGAUUGAGGGCACACCCGGUAAACCAUUUGGUGGCUUAAUGGCCCAUUUCAAUGUGGUGGAAGCCAAUAUGCGCUACCGGCGAGAGGAAGUCACCGAACUGCUGGAGCAGGACGAAUGUGUUAUGUCCAUAACAAAUUUCCCACGUUUAGGUUGUAAGGAAUUCACACAUCCCAUUUAUAAUCCCCAGCCGGAGGAUCCAGAAAGUUCAGCAAAAUCUCUAUAUUUCCCCGACGAAGCCAUAUAUCCGGGUCAUCCACGUUUCAAGACGUUGACACGCAAUAUACGCAUGCGACGCGGCGAAAAGGUAGCCAUAAAAUUAAAAGUAUUUAAAGAUGAAAACACCAAACUACCAGUAGAGGGUAGUCCCCCCAUGGAGCCAGAUGUAGUAUUACUUGAUGCCAUGGGCUUUGGCAUGGGCUGCUGUUGUCUACAAUUAACAUUCCAAGCUUGCAAUAUAACAGAGGCUCGUACCUUGUACGAUCAAUUGGCGCCAUUGUGUCCCAUAAUGUUGGCCCUAACAGCAGCUUCACCCAUUUACCGAGGCUAUUUAACAGAAUCCGAUUGUCGCUGGAAUGUCAUUAGUUCCUCGGUGGAUUGCCGUACUCAGGAAGAAAGAGGCCUUAAACCAUUAAAGCAGAAUAAAUUUCGCAUAGCAAAAUCUCGUUAUGACUCCAUAGAUUCGUAUCUAUCGCCAGAGGGUGAAGAAUACAAUGAUGUUCCGCUCACCUAUGACGAAAAGGUCUACCAAAGUUUGCGUGAGGGUGGCAUAGAUCAUUUGUUGGCCCAACAUGUGGCCCAUUUGUUUAUACGUGAUACGGUGUCUUUGUUUAGCGAGAAAGUUCAUCAGAAUGAUAAGGAGGACACAGAUCAUUUCGAGAAUAUACAAUCUACCAAUUGGCAAACAAUGCGCUUUAAACCACCACCACCCAAUUCACCCAUAGGCUGGCGUGUGGAGUUCCGACCUUGUGAGGCACAAAUAAGUGAUUUUGAAAAUGCCGCUCUAGUGGUUUUUGUGGUUUUGCUAACUCGUGUGAUAUUAUCGUAUCAAUUGAAUUUCCUAACACCCAUUUCCAAGGUCGAUGAAAAUAUGCAAACGGCUCAGAAGAGAGAUGCUUGCCGCAAGGAAAAGUUUUGGUUCCGUAAAAAUGUGCGCAAAACUCAAAGACUUUCGAAUGGUUAUGCCAAUGGUUCACUGCACAACGGAACCACCAUGAAUGGAGGAGCUACAAAUGGUACGGCCGCUACCAAUGGCUCUUCGAAUGGUACAACAAAUGGUGUAAAUGGUGGUGCUGCCACCAAUGGUUAUCAUCAUCCUCAAGCGCAUAGCGAUCAUGAGGAAGAUUUUGAAUUGAUGUCGAUUGGAGAAAUAUUCAAUGGAAAGCCUGAUUCAUUCCCGGGAUUAGUGCCACUCAUACGCAGCUACUUGCAGUCUAUGGAAGUUGAUACCGAUACUCAUUGCACGAUUGAACAAUAUUUGAGAUUCAUACAAAAGAGAGCUUCGGGAGAGCUAAUUACAACAGCCACCUGGAUGAGAGAGCAGGUCUUAAAUCAUCCAGAUUACAAAAAAGAUUCCGUUGUUAGCGAUGGUAUAAAUUAUGAUAUUUUAAAGAAAAUUCAAGAUAUACAAAAUGGUAAAUUAAUUGAACCCGCUCUGCUGGGACAGGAGGGCAAUCAUACCAAAACAAAAGAUUUCAUACCACCAGCCAUACAAAAACACUUGAAUGGUUGCUGUGAAAGUAAAUGACCAUUUCAAAUUGAGGAACAAAUUAAUGGUGACGACAAUAGUGAUAAUGAACAACAGCAGCAAAAACAACAACAGCAACAACAACCAGUAGAAGAACUAGACAAAAAGUAACAUUGCCAAAAUUGAAACUAAACUAAACUAGACCAUACCAUUUUCAUUAUAAACAACCAAAAGAAACAACAUUGACACAACAACUUUUAAGAAGAAGUGUAAGACUUGCCAGCCAAGCUUCGCAUAAACAACAUUCAGUGUUUUAACUUGUUAAGGAAUGAAUACCAACCACAUUGUGAAAUUUUUAUUUUAAAUGAAAUUGAUUAAGUUGACGUUUUUGAUUGAAAGAAUGAAUUGUUAACUUUGUGUACUUUUUUUUAUUUGGUGAAUUUAAAUUCCUCAAAAACUUAAAACGCUAAAUAAAUUGAUAAUUGUCAAGAUUUCAAAGAAGUUUUUAAAGCUUUUGAAAAAUAUGGCAAACAAAAAAACAAAAUGAAAAAUGAGGGAGAUGUGCAACAACAUUUUAUAAGAUGUUAUCUUAACUCCCAGUAAUAUAAUAAUACACACAUCAACAAAAAGAGAAAGAAGUUUUAACGUUUAACGAAUUUUUUCUCUUUAAGGGAUUUUUAUUAUUUUCAAAGAAAACUAAAAAAGGAAGCAAGGACUAUGUUAUUUAUACUAUAUACAUUAUUAUAUAAAUAUAUUUUUUAUUAUUUGUUAAAUUAUUUACUUAAUGCAUACAAAUAGUUAAUCACAACUUAAAACAAAACAAACAAAACAACAUAUAAACCAUAAGUGUUUAUUUAUUUACUUAAAAAAAAAAUAAUUGAUAAAAAUAUAAAGCAAAAAAACAAAAUAACUUAACAAAUAAAAUUAUAAAUAAAUAAAAAUUUAAGAAAA